UCAUUGAACCAGGCAGGCUGGGAGUAUUUAGUGGGAACACCUAGCUCCCCGGGAGGCCUCCCAGCCCCAGCUGGAAGUGUGCAGCGCUCUGCAGGCGUGGGAGUAAACACUGCACGGAAAUCUCUGCCCAGCUCAGGAGGAAGCAAACUUCGGGAAAAUGUUUGCGGUGCACUUGAUGGCCUUUUACUUCACCAAGCUGAAGGAGGACCAGAUCAAGAAGGUGGACAGGUUCCUGUAUCACAUGCGGCUCUCAGAUGAGACACUUUUGGACAUCAUGGCGCGCUUCCAGGGCGAGAUGGAGAGGGGCCUGGCCAAGGACACCAACCCCACGGCCUCAGUGAAGAUGCUGCCCACCUUUGUCAGGGCCAUCCCUGACGGCUCAGAGAAUGGGGAGUUCCUUUCCCUGGAUCUUGGAGGAUCCAAGUUUCGAGUCUUGAAGGUGCAAGUCUCGGAAGAGGGGAAGCAACAGGUCCAGAUGGAGAGUCAGUUCUACCCAACACCCAAUGAAAUCAUCCGAGGGAACGGCUCGGAGCUGUUUGAAUACGUAGCUGACUGUCUGGCUGACUUCAUGCAGACCAAAGAUUUGAAGAAUAAGAAGUUUCCCCUUGGCCUGACCUUUUCUUUCCCCUGCAGACAAACUAAACUGGAAGAGGGUGUCCUGAUUUCGUGGACGAAGAAGUUUAAGGCCCGAGGAGUUCAAGGCACAGACGUAGUGAGCCGCCUGACCAACGCCAUGAAAAAACACGAGGACAUGGAUGUGGACAUCCUGGCCUUGGUCAAUGACACGGUGGGGACCAUGAUGACAUGUGCCUAUGACGAUCCCUACUGUGAAGUUGGUGUCAUCAUAGGAACUGGCACCAACGCGUGCUACAUGGAGGACAUGAGCAACAUCGACCUGGUGGAAGGCGACGAGGGCAGGAUGUGCAUCAACACGGAGUGGGGCGCCUUCGGGGACGACGGGUCCCUGGAAGACAUCCGCACUGAGUUCGACAGGGAGCUGGACCUUGGCUCGCUGAACCCAGGGAAGCAACUGUUCGAGAAGAUGAUCAGCGGCCUGUACCUGGGAGAGCUCGUCAGGAUCAUCUUGCUGAAGAUGGCCAAGGCCGGCCUCCUGUUUGGUGGCGAGAAAUCCUCCGCUCUCCACACUAAGGGCAAGAUCGAAACACGCCACGUGGCUGCCAUGGAGAAGUAUAAAGAAGGCCUUGCCAAUACGAGGGAGAUCCUGGCGGACCUGGGCCUGGAGCCGUCCGAGGCCGACUGCAUCGCCGUCCAGCACGUCUGCACUGUCGUCUCCUUCCGCUCCGCCAACCUCUGCGCCGCGGCCCUGGCGGCGAUCCUCACCCGCCUGCGGGAGAACAAGAAGCUGGCGCGGCUCCGGACCACGGUGGGCAUGGACGGAACCCUCUACAAGAUACACCCUCAGUACCCAAAGCGCCUGCACAAGGUGGUGAGGAAACUGGUCCCAAACUGUGAUGUCCGCUUCCUCCUGUCGGAGAGUGGCAGCACCAAGGGGGCUGCCAUGGUGACCGCGGUGGCCUCCCGCGUGCAGGCCCAGCGGAAGCGGAUCGACCAAGUGCUGGCUCUGUUCCAGCUGACCCGAGAGCAGCUUGUGGGCGUGCAGGGCAAGAUGCGGGCUGAGCUCGAGUACGGGCUGAAGAGGCAGACCCACCCGCUGGCCACGGUCAAGAUGCUGCCCACCUAUGUCUGCGGGAUGCCAGACGGCACAGAGAAAGGAAAGUUCCUCGCCCUGGACCUGGGGGGAACCAACUUCCGGGUGCUCCUGGUGAAGAUCAGAAGUGGACGGAGGUCGGUGCGAAUGUACAACAAGAUCUUCGCCAUCCCCCUGGAGAUCAUGCAGGGCACUGGCGAGGAGCUGUUUGACCACAUUGUGCAGUGCAUCGCCGACUUCCUGGACUACAUGGGACUCAAGGGAGCCCAGCUACCCCUGGGCUUCACCUUCUCGUUUCCCUGCAGGCAGACGAGCAUUGACAAGGGAACACUCGUAGGCUGGACCAAAGGCUUCAAGGCCACUGACUGUGAAGGGGAGGACGUGGUGGACAUGCUCAGGGAAGCCAUCAAGAGGAGAAAUGAGUUUGACCUGGAUAUUGUUGCAGUUGUGAAUGACACAGUGGGGACCUUGAUGACCUGUGGCUAUGAAGAUCCUAACUGUGAGAUCGGCCUGAUUGCAGGAACAGGCAGCAACUUGUGCUACAUGGAGGAGAUGAGGAACAUCGAGCUGGUGGAGGGGGACGAAGGGAAGAUGUGCAUCAACACGGAGUGGGGGGGCUUUGGAGACAAUGGCUGCAUAGAUGACAUCCGCACCCAGUACGACACGGAGGUGGACGAGGGGUCCCUGAAUCCUGGCAAACAGAGAUACGAGAAGAUGACCAGUGGGAUGUACCUGGGGGAGAUCGUGCGGCAGAUCCUGAUCGACCUGACCAAGCAGGGCCUCCUCUUCCGAGGGCAGAUCUCAGAGCGUCUCCGGACCAGGGGCAUCUUCGAAACCAAGUUCCUGUCCCAGAUCGAAAGCGACCGGCUGGCCCUGCUCCAGGUCAGGAGGAUCCUGCAGCAGCUGGGCCUGGACAGCACGUGCGAGGACAGCAUUGUGGUGAAGGAGGUGUGCGGAGCAGUGUCCCGGCGGGCGGCCCAGCUCUGUGGUGCGGGCCUGGCCGCCGUGGUGGAGAAACGGAGGGAAGACCAGGGGCUUGAGCACCUGAGGAUCACCGUGGGUGUGGACGGCACCCUGUACAAGCUGCACCCUCACUUUUCUCGGAUAUUGCAGGAAACCGUGAAAGAACUUGCCCCUCGGUGUGACGUGGCGUUCGUACUGUCGGAAGAUGGCAGUGGGAAGGGAGCAGCUCUGAUCACCGCCGUGGCCAAGAGGUUCCACCCACCAUGCAACGAGAACUAGGAGCCCCCAGGGCUGGGCCUGAUGCCCCCUGGGCACCGCCCAGCCUUCCCAAUAGCAGAUGGGUCAGUCAGAGACCAACAGGCGACCUCCUGGCCGACUUCACCUCCUGGGUGGCUGAAAGAGAACCCCAGCUUCUCGGCUACUCAGCAUCUUGUUACUGGCUUUGCGGUGGCAUUACAUGACAUCUGCAUUUGGUGUAUUUGGGCCAAAGACGGACCAACUUGUGAAAUCAAAGUGUUCUGUCCUGAGAGAUCCCCUUUGAGCAAAUUUUUCAGCUGAGACCUGAGCUGUCAGUUCUCUGUGGCUUUAGGGCCUAUGGCUGCUGGCCUUGGAAACAUACGGAGUCUGCUCACGUGGGCCUGGCUGGCUGAUUUCCCCACCGGGACGUUGAAGCCAUCUCUUACAGUAGGUUGGGCCCUGUACUUGUGGAUGAGCAUCUGAGAAGGUGAAUGACUCAUGUAAUGAAUUAGGGGGGAUCUAAUCUACCUUGUCCUUAACUUGUCAUGUUGACUUCAAACCUGAAGAGAGAACAAAGACUUUGGCCUGCCCAGCCCCAGCAUGUGGAGAGGUUGAUUGCCAGGGAGCUCUGUAGGAACCUCUUUAUGCUUAAAGCGACUUAUGCCAGCACCCUGUAGGAUCUUGUUCCUUAAGCAGUGUGUGCCAUGGGGUAGGGUGCUAUUUGGGGCAUCUGUUUGUCAUUUUACAAGUGGUUGUUUUGCUGCUGUUGACAGUUGUUUUAAGGACUGUUAGGUAUUUGAAAUCUAGUAAAUUAAUAAAACAAAUAUUUGAUUUUCCAAGAUGCUUUGCA